AUGAGUUCAAAGUUAACUGGUGAUCGAAUAUGUUCUUAUAAACUGCACCUGUGUUCCCACUCAGUUAAGCAGUCUGUUCAUAUACUAAUGCCGAAAAGGCCAAGGAACUCAGUAAAACAAGAAGACUGUCAGUUUGAGGUUGGAACAGUUAAUGUGAAAAAGCCCGAAUGUCCAAAUGAGGCAGAAGAAAAAAACCCUGAAUGUCCAACUGAGGCAGAAGAAAAAAGCCAAGUGGAAAAGUCUGUGGGAGAUACAAGAAUUAAUGUGAAAAAGCGCAAAUGUCCAACUGAGGCAGAAGAGGAAAUCCCCGAAUGUCCAUCUGAGGCCGAAAAAGAAAACCACGAAUGUCCAACUGAGGCAGAAGAAAAAAGCCAAGUGGAAAAGUCUGUGGGAGAUACAAGAAUUAAUGUGAAAAAGCGCAAAUGUCCAACUGAGGCAGAAGAGGAAAUCCCCGAAUGUCCAUCUGAGGCCGAAAAAGAAAACCACGAAUGUCCAACUGAGGCAGAAGAAAAAAGCCAAGUGGAAAAGUCUGUGGGAGAUACAAGAAUUAAUGUGAAAAAGCGCAAAUGUCCAACUGAGGCAGAAGAGGAAAUCCCCGAAUGUCCAUCUGAGGCCGAAAAAGAAAACCACGAAUGUCCAACUGAGGCAGAAGAAAAAAGCCAAGUGGAAAAGUCUGUGGGAGAUACAAGAAAAAGAGUCUAUUGUCGACAAUGUGACAAAGAUUUUGCAAAGAAAAGUCAUCUGAAGGAACACAUUCGUGUUAAACAUGAAGGUAAAGCCUACGAAUGCGUAACCUGCCAUAAGAAAUUGCAAACACAUAAAGGACUUCAAAUACAUCGAAAACUUCAUGAAGAUAUCGGAAUGAAAUGUGGAGAAUGUGAUGAACGGUUCACAUAUAAGUCAGACUUGGAUAGACAUUACAGAGCACUUCAUACAAGUUUAGAGUAUAACUGUGACCACUGUGAACAGACAUUUAGUUGGAAGGCGACUUUAAAUGAACACAUACGCUCUGCACACAAAGGUGUAUAUUUCGAGUGUGAUGAGUGUGAACUGUCGUUUGUUCGAAAGUGGAAUUUAGAAAAACACAAGAGAGAAGUACAUGAUGGUGAAAAAUUCAAUUGUCCCCAGUGCGAUAAAACAUACUCCACUAAAAAUUUCCUUAAGCAACAUGUACAGGUGCAUCAUAAAGACAAAGAAUGAUCUCUUCGAAAAAUUAAUCAAAGCAGACAGCUGAAUGAACAGCAGUCAUUUUUAUCCUAAUACAGAUGAAGUGCUUUUACCUGUUAGAUGGGAUUAUUUUUAUUUUACUAUUAUUAUUAUUGCUGUGUCCCACCCUCCCUUCCAACGGUACCCACCACCGACACCCACUGAAGAAGCAAUUCAAAGCUAUUAACAGG